AUUUGCCUUACAGUGUCUUGUUUCACCCGGACCUUUAAUGGGCACGGACCCUGUUCCGGUUUGUGAUGUCAGUGAAGUGUGCAUGCCUCGGAGUGUAGCAUCUGUCAAAGUUGUAGCUGUAGCUCAGCUGAACUGCCACAAUGGGGAUCUUGGAGAAAAUCGCGGAAAUAGAGAGAGAAAUCUCUCGGACACAGAAAAACAAAGCCACUGAGUAUCAUCUGGGUUUGCUCAAAGCCAAGCUAGCCAAGUACAGAGCUCAGCUCCUGGAGCCCUCCAAGUCAGCGGGGGCCAAAGGCGAGGGCUUCGAUGUCAUGAAAUCAGGAGAUGCUCGUGUUGCUCUUAUUGGUUUCCCGUCUGUGGGUAAGUCCACCUUCCUUAGUUUGAUGACAUCAACCGCCAGUGAAGCUGCUUCCUAUGAGUUCACUACCCUCACCUGCAUACCUGGCGUCAUAGAGUACAAAGGGGCCAACAUCCAGUUGCUAGAUCUGCCAGGAAUCAUUGAGGGUGCUGCUCAAGGUAAGGGUAGAGGUCGGCAGGUCAUUGCUGUUGCCAGGACAGCGGACGUCGUCAUCAUGAUGUUGGAUGCCACCAAAGGAGAUGUUCAGAGAGAACUUCUAGAAAAAGAGUUGGAGUCAGUGGGCAUCAGACUCAACAGGACAAAACCAAAUAUUUAUUUCAAGCCCAAGAAAGGUGGCGGCCUCUCCUACAACUCCACAGUCCCUCUCACUCACUGCUCAGAGAAGCUCGUUCAGCUCAUCCUUCACGAAUACAAAAUCUUUAACGCAGAAGUCCUCUUCAGGGAGGACAGCACACCAGACGAGUUCAUCGAUGUCAUCGUUGGGAACAGAGUUUACAUGCCUUGCCUAUAUGUGUACAAUAAGGUGGAUCAAAUCUCCAUCGAGGAGGUGGACCGCCUGGCUCGCAGACCUAACAGUGUUGUCAUCAGUUGUGGCAUGAAGCUGAAUCUGGAUUACCUUCUAGAGACGUUGUGGGAGUACCUGGCUCUGAUUUGCAUUUACACUAAGAAAAGAGGAGAGCGCCCAGACUUUAAUGAUGCCAUCAUCAUGAGAAGAGGAGCAAGUGUAGAACAUGUGUGCCAUCGAAUCCACAGAACCUUAGCCAGCCAGUUCAAAUACGCCCUGGUGUGGGGAACCAGUACCAAGUACAGCCCUCAGAGGGUCGGCCUGACACACAUCAUGGAGCACGAGGACGUCAUCCAGAUAGUUAAGAAGUAAAACUUCCGAUUGGACGGAGAGACUGAGCGGGAGGAGGCACGCCUUUGUCAGAGGAGUUAUAGCGAAAGGAAAUUUCCUGUACAGUAGAUAUACAGAAAUGAAAAAUAGCCGCCAUUCUUAUUUUGUAUAUGAAAAUCAACAAAACACAGUGAGAGAGACAGGCCAGAUUUGAGUUUGUGGACAGGAGGUGGUGAUUUUACCUUUUGAUUAAGAUACAGAAGCUACAUUGAUUGAGGGAGAAAAUGGGGUAAAAAGAAUAAAG